CCCCAUCACUUGUCUUGGUGCCCCGGGGCGCCCCUCCUCACCGGGACCCUCCCAUUGGACCCCCGCUCCCUCGCCCGCACCGCAGCGCUCGCAGUCAGCUACGUCCCUGGGGCCCCUGCGUGGGGGCGGAGAAGAUGGCUGGCGGACGUCUGCUGUUGGGGGGCGACUUCCUGUCGCCGCUGCCCCCCCUCCCGCCGCCGCCGCUGCCGCCCCUCCCGCCGCCCCCGCCCGAACCAGUGCUGGAGCAGUGGCGCUAUAGCCACGAAAGCGACUGGCAGUGGGCUCUGCGGCGCAGCUUCAUCUGCCGGCACCUGCACAGCUAUCCCGGGGCUGCCCUCGACCAGCUCCUCGCUCUCUCUGCUUCCUGGACCAACCACGUUUUCCUGGGCUGCAGGUACAGCCCACGCUUGAUGGAAAAAAUCCUCCAAAUGGCUGAAGGUAUUGAUAUUGGGGAGAUGCCGUCAUAUGAUCUGAUGCUGUCCAAAUCGCCCAAAGGUCAGAAGCGCCACCUAUCUGCCUGUGAUGGUCAAAAUCCUCCUAAAAAGCAAGCCGGUUCCAAAUUCCAGGCGAGACCUCGUUUUGAGCCUGUCCAUUUUGUAGCUAGUAGUUCAAAAGAUGACAGACAGGAAGAUCCUUAUGGCCCUCACGCCAAAGAGGGAAACGAGCCAACCCAUUUUGCCAGCAUGCCACGAGACUUCUGCCAAGAUUACACUCAAGACUCUUUCAGCAUACAAGACGGGGAUUCUCAGUAUUGUGAUUCCUCUGGGUUCAUUUUCACAAAAGACCAGCCUGUCACCGCCACCAUGUAUUUCGAUGGUCGAAACCCUGCCCCGAGCAGCGCCUCCCAGCAGACCAACUCCCAGCUAGCCCCUGCCGAGCCUUCACCCUCCCAGACAUUUCCCGAGUCCGUGGUAGCUGAGAAGCAGUAUUUUAUUGAAAAGCUAAUGGCCACUAUCUGGAAGAACCUUUCCAAUCCUGAGAUGAAUGCUGGCUCCGAUAAAAUUAAUUACACGUACAUGUUAACUCGUUGCAUCCAAGCUUGCAAGACAAAUCCUGAGUACAUAUAUGCCCCUCUGAAAGAGAUCCCACCUGCCGACAUCCCUAAAAACAAGAAACUCCUAAUAGAUGGGUAUGCUUGUGAAGUGAGAUGCCAAAACAUCUACUUAACCACGGGCUACGCUGGCAGCAAGAAUGGGUCCAGGGAUCGAGCUACUGAACUGGCUGUGAGGCUCCUGCAGAAACGUAUUGAGGUCCGAGUCAUCCGGCGGAAAUUCAAGCACAUAUUCGGAGAGGACCUCGUGGUGUGUCAGGUCGGCAUGCCUCCUUAUGACUUUCCCCCGGCCCUGAAGCCACCCGAGGAGCUGGUGGUGCUGGCGAAAGAUGCUUCUGGCCAGCCGAUUUUUAAUGCCUCGGCCAAACACUGGACCCACUUUGUCCUGACGGAAAAUGCAAACGAUGCCAUCGGCAUCCUCAACAACUCGGCCUCAUACAACAAGAUGUCUGUUGAAUACAAGUACGAGAUGAUGCCAAAUCGCACCUGGCGCUGCCAGGUGUUCUUACAAGAUCACUGCCUCGCAGAAGGAUACGGGACUAAAAAGACCAGCAAGCAUGCCGCGGCCGACGAAGCGCUGAAGAUUCUUCAGAAGACACAGCCCACUUACCCGUCGGUCAAGAGUUCCCAGUGCCAAGCCGGCUCCUCCCCGCGGGGAUCUGGGAAGAAGAAAGACAUCAAGGAUCUUGUGGUGUAUGAGAAUUCCUCCAACCCCGUGUGCACGCUGAAUGACACAGCCCAGUUCAACCGCAUGACGGUGGAAUACGUCUUUGAGAGGAUGACCGGCCUGCGGUGGAAAUGCAAGGUGAUCCUAGAAAGUGAAGUCAUUGCCGAGGCCGUCGGGGUGAAGAAGACUGUCAAGUACGAAGCGGCUGGGGAAGCUGUGAAAACCCUCAAAAAGACCCAGCCAACCGUCAUCAACAACCUGAAGAAAGGGGCCGUGGAGGACGUGAUCUCCAGGAAUGAGAUCCGGGGCCGCUCAGCCGAGGAGGCCUACAAGCAGCAAAUCCGGGAAGACAACAUCGGGAACCAGCUGCUGAGGAAGAUGGGCUGGACAGGGGGUGGGCUCGGCAAAUCGGGCGAAGGCAUCCGGGAGCCGAUCUCGGUCAAAGAGCAGCAUAAGCGAGAGGGGCUGGGGCUGGACGUGGAGCGAGUGAACCGGAUCGCCAAGCGAGACAUAGAGCAGAUCAUUCGAAACUAUGCCCGCUCGGAGAGCCACACGGACUUGACUUUUUCCACUGAGCUGACCAACGACGAGCGGAAGCAGAUCCACCAGAUCGCCCAGAAGUAUGGCCUGAAGAGUAAGUCUCACGGGGUGGGCCAUGACCGGUACCUGGUGGUGGGUAGAAAAAGGCGGAAGGAAGACCUCCUGGAUCAGCUGAAGCAGGAAGGCCAGGUGGGGCACUACGAACUCGUCAUGCCGCAAGCAAAUUGAGUUCUCGCUCGUUUAUUUUGUCAGUGCCCAGGGAGGCAGCUGUCUAAACUUACAGAGAAGAGAUCAUCACAUUUUCCUGGUCACGGAGUAUAUUCAUGACGAUGUGUUCCCCUUGUUCAUUUCAUCUAGUGCUUUAUUACUGGGUAUUGGAACCUGGAGAAAUCCUGUCCGCUUGUAUUAGCUUACCCCAGAAGAUGGCAUUGUGCAGUUACUGUUUUGUGUCUUCACUUAUUGCUGUGUCCCCUUGGGCGUUAGCUGUUUGUUCGCGCAAGAACACAUCUCCCAAGUGGAAUUUGACCCUGAAAAAGAAAUUCUCGUGUGCAAGGGUUUCGUCAUAGCACUACAAUCUGCACCAGUCUAGACAGCGACAUCGGCUACCGUCACACUACUAGAGCCUUGCCCCCAGAAUUCUGGAAGCUGUCAGGUCAUUUUGUUACCUCCUUUUCAUCAUGUGACGCUAGCUCUAGAAUGCCCACCAGUAAAGCUGUGCCGUACGUGUAAAUGUUCUUACCCAUGAAAAGAAAGUAAAAGACAAAUUAGCGUUCCUUUAUUUAUAACUUCUCUGUCAAUUACAUGUACAUGUUAACAUCGAUUUCCAGAAUAUCAGGAGUGAUUUACUGUGAUCUUGUGAUCUCUGAAUCUUAAACACAUUGUCGUCUUCACACUGAGAGAGCACUACUUGAGAGAGCGCAAUUGAAAGGAGUCGGACCCUAUGCUGCAGUCAGACGAGAGGAAGCUUGAACUGUUUGUUCUUGGUGCCUUGCAGAGAGACUCACAGCGACCCUCCAAUAUGGCCUUCCCGUGUUCCGGAUGUGCGGCCACAUCCGGGGCAGCCACAGCUGUGGUAGAGCGUAGCGUAAAAAAGACUGAAGAUCCAUUAGGUGCUCUGAUGCUGAAAAGGUCUGUUGGCUGGUCCCUCUCUCAAAAAGCUUACUAAGCCUCAAAAGCCAACUUUGUAACAUAUUUAAAACUGCUAUUUUCGCUUAUUUCUGGGAUGUAAAAAACAACAACACUGUGUAAAAAUAAUGAGUGUAUGCUUCCUGAAUAAAAGGAGCCCGAGUUCAUCAA